AUGAGCCGCAUGCUGGGUGGCCGGCAAGCCGAAGAGUUGCACAAGUCGAUCAUAGCACACCUUGUGGCCAACGGCAAAACGAACACUGCCGCAACCCUUCGCGCGGAGCUUGGCCUCGGAGAAGAUGUAUUCAAUACGGCUGCAGCCAAGAAGUACGAGAGCUUGCUGGAGAAGAAAUGGAUUGGGGUGAUGAGGCUUCAGAAAAAGAUAAUGGAACUGGAGAUGCAGCACACGGCUUUACAAUCUGAUCUAGAGGCUGCUAGAGAAGAAAAUUCCAGGCCAAGCAGAGACCCUAUCUCUUGGUUGCCGGACUCACCGCCACGGCAUUCCCUACAGUCUCACACCGGGGCUGUCAAUUGCAUCGCCUUUCACCCUACAUUCUCCUCAAUUGCUUCAGGAUCAGAUGAUUGCACCAUCAAAGUAUGGGACUGGGAAUUUGGAGAGCUGGAAAGGACAAUCAAAGGACAUACGCAGGCAGUCAGGGACGUAGACUUCGGCAGGCCAAAGGGCGGCGUCCUUCUCGCUUCUUGUAGCUCCGACCUUGCUAUCAAGUUGUGGGAUCCUUCCAACAAUUACAAGAACAUCCGGACCAUGCAGGGUCACGAUCACGCCAUUAGCUCCAUACGAUUUAUACCCUGUGGCGUGGGCAACGGAUUUGCGAACCUUCUUGCCAGCACAAGCGGUGAUCGAACCCUAAGAGUAUGGAAUGUCGACACGGGGCAUUGUAUCAAGACACUACGAGGUCAUGCCGACUGGGUACGCUCAGUUUGCCCGUCUGUCAAUGGACAAUUCCUGUUGUCAGCGAGCAAUGACAAAACCGCCUGCUUGUGGGAUAUCUCUGUGCCACAAACUGAGAACAUGCUCACAUUAGUGGGCCAUAAUCAAGGCAUUAAUUGCUGUGCCUUGGCACCCGAAACAUCGUAUCCAUACUUGGCAAAAAUGGCGAAUAUUAAGACCAUACCUGCGGCUAGCAGCCCUGCCGAGUUCAUAGCCACUGCAUCGCGAGAUAGGAGCAUUAAGCUGUGGGAUAGGCAUGGGACAUGUCUGAAGACCCUCAUGGGUCACGACAACUGGAUAAGCAACAUUACGUUUCACCCCGGUGGCAAGUUUCUGUUAUCAGUGGCGGACGACAAGACCUUGCGUUGUUGGGACUUGGCGCAAGGUGGACAAUGUGUCAAAGUUUUGGAGGGCUUACACACGCAGUUCAUCACAUGUCUUCGAUGGGCGCCAGGGGCUACUAGGGAUGAUGUUGGUCUGAAUGGCGAUGGAAAACGUGUUGCGAAUGAGGGGAUUGCAUCUUCCAAAGCACAAGUGCGUUGCGUCGUUGCUACUGGGAGCAUGGAUAUGACGGUGAAGAUAUUUACGGAGUAG